AUGUGUGUGUGCGUGUGUGUGUGUGUGCCAAGUUUUUUGUUUUUAAGGUCGCUUCCUCUUCGCGUAAUCGGAAGCGCUGCCGCUGCAGCCGCUGUCUUGGGACAGAGGACGCCCAAAGGCAAACAGGAAGGGUCCAACAAUCACAACUCCUUUUUUGUUGAGAUCCCUCUUGGCGGAAUGUCGCCUAAGACGCCUAAGACCCCCAAAACUCCGAAGACGCCAACGACUCCCAAGACUCCAAGCACUACCUUUGAGGAUCGCUUCAAUGUAUCAGCAGUCAUCCAGUCCGCGCCGUCACCAAAGGAGAAGGAUAAAGAACGAUCGUUCAUUACCGCGGAAAGGCCGAUGCUGCUGGGGCGAGCAAAGGCUCAUUCAAAGCCAGCAUCUUCGCCCACUUCGAGCCCACCUCCGCACAGCACGCGACGAGUUUGCUUCGAGCAGGAUGGCGACAUGCUUGCUGUGAUAUCUCGUGAGGCGCAUGCGGGCCGCCAAAGGCGUAUCCGCGAUAGGUUUGGCGUCUUCCGCCUGUGA